AGUUUUGGCGUGAAUCACUUCUGAAGAGAAAUCCAGGGGGAGUGGUGGAAGAGAAACCCUGCUGGCUGAAGAGAAAUCCAGCCUUAGGACAGUUAAGGCGGAUCCAUAUCAAAAAUCUCUUCAUCUUACCUUCUCUUUUCUUUUUCUCACAAAAGUUUGUUUUGGGUUUUGAUUGCUGAAUUUUGACUGCCUAUCAUCCUUUGAACCAGUGAAAGAACUCUAAGUGACCAUCUAAAAAUCGUGAGCUAAACACUUUGAGAGUGUGAGGAUUUUUAUUUGCUAACUUUGUUAAGUGUUUCAGGAUGUUUGGACUUCUCAAAAAAUCAAAACCACUACAAGAUGAUGUCUACUUUCCUUUUAAAACUGUUGUUGAAAAGAAGCAAUUGAUUUUUGACAAGAGACAGUUUGCUUCUAACGAAUUUGAUUCUGUGCAGAAACAAAGGAAGAGACAAAACAGGUCCAAUGAUGAGAAGUGGGUCAGAAGUGGUGAUCGUCCCUUCACCAAAGCCAAGAGAAGCAACCGUGUAGUGCUUGAUCAAAACGAGCUUCAAACUUAUGCUAGUUUGGAGAAGAUGUUGCAUAAGGCAAUUCAUGCUAUCCGACAGCUCAAAAAGAAGGGAAACACCAACACUUCUUCGGCACCAAAACAGCAAUGUAAGUCUUCUUAUCUUUCAAAUUCUGAUUUGAAAACUAAUGAGAUUUCUUUUGAUAAAAGCAAAGCUGUGAAACCCACAAGCAAAGCUCAUUCCACCAGGUGCUUCAAAUGCCAUAGGAUCGGUCAUUAUGCUAACAAGUGUCAAAAGCAAAAACCGUUGGUGACUUUGGAGAAUGAGAACCUUGAAACCGAGCCAGAAAAGGAAGAGCCUUUGCCAAUUCAAAUACCGGACCAAACUCAAGAUUUGAGGACAAAUCUUUUUGAAGAGGAAGGGAAUGAUGUGCCCUGGUUCGUGGAUCAGUCCAUUGGAGCCAACCAGCAUGGAGAUCAGGACGUUCUGAACAAUUUGACCGAGGUUCGUUCAUCCGACCGUACCGAUCAGACUGACCAAGCCGUUCCGCGUGCGUCCCGAUUGGAGCUUCGGCUGGAACCACGUCCAGACGACCUAACCGACCGAACCACAGCCCGUCUUCCCCAACCAACUCGACAUUCUAAAACCCACGGUCGAGCCAGACUUAGCUUGGGUCGUGAAGAAACCAAAGACGGACAUGCAUUCUUAUCUGGCGGACCAUCCGGACAGUCCCGCAAGCGUCCUUAUCUUUACCCCGUGCAUCCAUCUGGUUCGGAUGAACCUGGACAUCUUGACUAGUCUUCUCCAUUUUCCGUGCCUUGACCAGAUCUAGUCUUCUCCAUUUUCCGUGCCUUGACCAGAUCUAGUCUUCUCCAUUUUCCGUGUCUUGACCAGAUCUAGUCUUCUCCAUUUUCCGUGCCUUGACUAGAUCUAGUCAAAUUUAUAUUUUCUAUGCAUUGUUUUCCUGCAUUUCUAUUUAUUGUCUUUGACUACAAAACACUAUAAAUAUGUAGUCCCUUUGAUGAAUAAAAGAAGUUCAUUUUGGUUGUUUAUUUUCGAUUCUUCUUUUCUCUGAGUGAGAGAGAGAGUUCUUAGCUAGUUCAUCGGUUUGAACCGGCUUGUUGAUUUGGUGGUCAGCCAAUCAUCUUUUGUGUCGUUUGGUGGUUAGCCAACACACCUUCAUCGUUUCUUAGGUGGUUAGCCUUAGAUCGUGGUAUAUCAAGAGUCAUUCCGCAUCUCUUGACGAUCCUUUCAAUCCAUCUCAGUUCCAGAAGUGCCAUCGCCUUCUCGGUUCAUAUCAAACACCCGGCCAAAGCCAUCCUUCCCGUUUUGG